CAUGCCCAACUUGUGUUAAAUGGGUGGAUAAAUUGCAACAAAAGGUGUGGCUUUUCUGUAUGUGCCGAUACAGAAAUCAAGAUAUCCAUGAGACAACUAGCCCCGGUAUCCCAUACAUUAAACUGCAAUAUUACAUACCACAACACACGUGCUUGUUUUAGACCGUUCGGCCACAUAUAUGUUGCAACUCCCGGUCCAUUCGUGCACAAUUAUUUUAGUCCAGCAGAUCGAUGUGUUUAUGAAUGGACCUGAUCGGGAUCGGUACUCAAACUUAAUUUAACUCUCCCUGGUGUCUCGUGACGCACCAAUCAGCGCGCGCGCCCGUGGAGCGUGCUCAGUGAGUAGCGCGCAGCGCCGUGAGCCCGAAGUGACUGCAGAUAUUACGUGCUUUUGCCAUGGUUUAAGAUACGCUCUUUUUACCUAUGAGAUUUAUCUAAGUGAUAUCUGAAAAAGGACUUUAAUGCAGCGAUUCGUGGUUGCUUUUCUUGCGAUGGAUCCUCGUCAAGGUGUCUCUCGUGCACAGUGAACGUUCAAUGCUGCACUCGAUCCUUCAUCCGGAUUUAUGGACUUGACUGUUAAUAAUGUCUAUGAGUUUCAUGUCUGACACUCUUCAUAGUCCAGAUCCUUCCAAAUCAGCAUUUUUAGAGUUUGGCCACGGACUUCCAACCAGCCAGCAGCAUUUACCCGGAUUCACACACAAUAUUUACCCAGUGCACGGAUUGCGCUCCAGUGGACACCACCAGCACGAUGGUCACUUCCCCUCCAGCGCGUCCCAUUACAGCCGGCCGCUGGGAUACGCCUACCCCGGGUCGGUGAGCGCUUCUGCCCCGAGCCCCUACAUGCCUUACCAGCAAAACAACCACAGCAGGAAUGAAGACAACAACCACGAGAAGCCAGCGGUCAUUGAGAAUGGUGAAAUUCGCCUUAAUGGCAAAGGAAAGAAGAUCCGCAAACCGCGCACCAUUUACUCCAGUGUUCAGCUGCAGGCGCUGCACCAGCGCUUCCAGCAAACCCAGUACCUCGCGCUACCCGAGCGCGCGGACCUGGCAGCCAAACUGGGACUGACGCAAACACAGGUUAAAAUAUGGUUUCAAAACAAGCGCUCGAAAUAUAAGAAGAUAAUGAAGCAUGGAUCCAGCGGACCUGAAGGGGAACCACUUCAGUCCACGUCCUCCGCCUCUCCUUGUUCUCCGGGUCUGCCGCAGCUUUGGGAGAUCUCCAUGGCCAACAAAGGGCCGCCUGUGCACCCGAGCAGUUACAUGAACAAUUUUGGACACUGGUAUCCUCCGCACCAUCAGGAUCCCGUGCACAGAUCUCAGAUGAUGUGAUUAAAAUAUAAAAAACAGAGCCAGAGACUCCAGUCGCGUCUGACACCUGCUUAAGUGUAGCCACACUUUACACGUAAGGUGAUUGUCUUUUACAAUGUGUUGUAUAACUUUGUAUGUCUGAAAUGACUGUGUUUACUCUCUGUGCAGUCAAGGGCCUGUGACUCCAUUAUACACUUCAGUAGCUUUUCAACGUUUCCAAAGUUCUUAAUAUUUGCUUUAAAUAAAGGAUUUAUGAAAGAUGAAA